AUGGCGGAAAAAGUUUCGAAACAGGUAUUUUUCUCUACAUUUUAAUAUAAUAAUAAAUUAAUAUUAUUGCACUUUUACUUUUACAUGUUCAUAUCAUUCAUUAAUGAUAUUUUUGUAUAACUUUUUCCUGUUUUGUAUUGUAUUGUGUGCUAAAAUACGCAAUCUUGCUUUUAUAUUUAAAAUGCAAAUAAUUUGAUAUUAUAUUUAAUUAGCAAUUUGAAUUUUAAAUUCGGUCGCGUUGUAUAUUUUAUUGUGCAUUUUAUUAUGUUAUGCAAAAUCAAUAAAUUGUUCAUAUCUUUGAACACUAUAGCUGUUAUUUACGUAUCGGGAGAGAAAAAUCGCAAAGGAUAUUGGAGAGUAUAAACUAGAUGAAUUGGUCAACUUAAUUCGUCUGGAUUUUGGAAUUAUUAACGGAGAGAACAUUAUAUUUCAAAAGUUCGAUGAUUCUUGGAGUGCGUGGGUUGAUGUAACUUCAGAACAAGAAUUUCAAAACAGGGAUAAGAUCAAGGUUUUGGUUCAGGCUGGUUCUACAUCAACUGGCAAAGCCAAAGGGAAUACAGGUACAAGUGAGUAUGUAUAUACAGGUAUAUUUUAAGACCUGACCAGGAAUGACUGCAAAAAAUGCAGCACUAAAAUUAAUAAUUGAUAUUAAAAUUCCAAGCAAGUAUAUAUUUUUUCUAUUCAGUUGUACACUUUUUAAGUAUGAAAUUUUUAAUAUUGAUUAAUUACAAUUUGUUAUUAAUAAAUAUUUGUUUUCAGAAAAUAGUUUGCCUGAUACUCAUUCCACAAAUGAAACAUGUACAGAUGUUGAUCUUGGUUACUUACCACAUGGUGAAAAGCAUCGUGAUACAUGUUUCUCUAACAACCUUUUACAAAGAUUCUAUCCACUUGUGAAAACAUUUAUGCCAAGCAAAACUUUUUUUCGGAAGAAUUUUAUUGAGGAAAGAUGCAGGCAAUGGAAAAUUUACAAGAAGAAAGAAAAAAUUGAAAAAUCUUAUCAGUUUUUAAAAUCAGACAACAUGGCAAGCAUUGGAAAUCGAUUAGACAAAGGAUACAUCCCUACACCAAAUGAUGGAACUGUUUUAUCUGCUGUUGCUAUUAAACUAGAUUCAUUGCUAAAGGAAAUAGUAACCCUUAUUGAUGAAAUUAAAAUGCAUGACCAAUCGUUAUUUGAAACCAAUGGUCUGUGUUUAAAGAGAAAAUGGAAACAGUUUCAUCACACAUGUAAUGAAGAAUUUAUCACAUCACUCAUGCAACUGAAAAGUGAAGUUAAUGAAUUGUUAUCAAGAGUGCAAGAAACUUCAACAAAGUUUAGUACUGUUUGUAGAAAAAGGAGUUCACAUGGAAAAAGUUGUGCUGCCAAGAAAAGAAAAAAUAACAGGAAGAAUGAAAAGAGAAAGUUUUUGAAAAGAACAUAG